UGAACAUCAACAGCAAUGGGAUAGUAGUAUCCUAUCUAGAAAAGGCUGCAGAUUAAUGGAAAGUUUAAAAAAUGACUUGGAACUCACAGCCCUGUACUACAGAGUAUUCCAGCAUUCUUAAACAAGGCAAAGUCCAUGGGAAGAUGUCCAACACUACUUGCACUCUUUUCUUCUGCCACUCCUACAGCAGACAGGAAUGGUAUUGCUACUUUGUAAUUAUGCUGUGCUUGUUAACUCUGCUAAUAGGAUUUCUGGGGAACACGUUCACACUACUAUAUUAUAUGUACAUCGUGAAAUCAUGGACCAGUAGCACUAUCUUUUUAUUCAAUUUGGCACUUUGCGAUUUUACUUGGAUUCUCUUGAGUCCCUUUUCAAUCUACCAUCAUCUACACAAGCAACCAACACAUUCCACUCAACUGUUCUGCCAGUUUAAAAGACUAUUUUUUGACAUUAACAUCUAUGGAAGCAUCUAUUUUCUCACCAUGAUCAGCUUUGACAGGUACGUAGGUGCUGCUCAUCCUAUCCGUUCUUUAAAAUGGUGGAAUAAACACAAGGCUAUUGUUUGCACUACUGUCAUAUGGAUCUUCAUUUUUAUCGAGUCAGCUCCUGAUUUUUACUAUACACUUGUGGUCCAGAAACUAAAGGGCAACAUAGCUUGUCUGGAUAAUAUUGGAGAACCUCUGUACUUUGUGGUACCUUUCACAAUUUCCAGAGUUUUAUUUGGAUUCCUUAUUCCAAUCACAGUCAUCUUUACAUGCUAUACAUUGACCCUGAAAGCAUUACAGCAAAUGAAGAACCGCCACCUGAGAAGACACAGAAUUGCAAAGCCCUUGAUAUUGGUUUCAGCGGCAAUGACUGUUUUUGCAGUGGCAUUCAUUCCUUAUCAUGUCAUGAUCAUGGCAGUGCUAAUUUACAGAAUGAAUUACCAACUCAAUCCUGACAAUAUCCAUCUGAUUUUUACAGUUUAUAAACUCACUGAAAUCAUCUGCAAUAUUAGCAGUUGCUUAGAUCCAAUAAUUUUUAUGUUGGCAAGCAAGAAAUUCCAAGAAAGGUUUAAAACUAUCCAGUGCUCUCCUAAGUACAGGCACCAUUGCUGUCAAUCACAUAAAGUGAGGGAUAUUGCAGUUCAGCUGUGA